GGAAAUCAGCACAGUAUUUGUUGAGAUAAAUCAUGCAUAAAUCAAGAAUCAUUUAGAAAUCACCAGGCCUAUAAAUUCAAGAAUAAUUUAGAGAAGUUCAAUGUAUAAUAAAACAAUACUGCAUUAAGUAGACAAUGGCAACAAAACAAGCUGAUGACAAUAUAGUCAACCAACAGAAGAAAAUAAAGCAAUCAAACAUACCUAUAGAUCGAGGUUAUGCUUGGUUCAUUGUAUUAGGAUUGUUCAUAUUUAAUACAUUUGGUCUGGGAGCUCUGAUUCGAUCAGUUGGUAUCAUCGUGGUGGAAUACGUGGAGGAGUUUGGUGUGGGAGCAGCAACUGCAUCCUGGAUUGCAUCAAUGAUCUUCUGUAUAUCUGCUAUAACAGCACCAUUUGCAAAUUCCCUUGCGAGGCGUUUUGGUGCCAGGCCUGUUGUAAUGAUGGGAGGUUUGAUAGCUGGAUUGGGUAUCAUAAGCACAUCCCAAGCUCAAAAUAUACAGCAUGUAAUCAUAUGCUAUGGUGGAAUAGGAGGAUUUGGACUAGGAUUAGGACUGAGUCCAGGCCUGGUUAUAUUAGGGGAGUACUUCCAUCUAAAACGUUCAUUGGCUACAGGUAUAGCAAUGUCUGGUUCCAGUGUUGGAGCCUUAAUUAUGCCACCAUUCAUACGAUUCUUACUGGACAAGUACACAACACGUGGCGCAACUAUUAUAUUAGGAGCAAUUGUAUUCCACAUGUGUUUAAGUGGUGCCCUUUUUAGACCUCUGUCUUCAUUCAGGCCUUGCUCAAACAACAAACAAGAGAUGGAGCAAAUGCUUAAAGAUGAAAGUGAUGAAGCUGUUGUAAAUAGCAGCUCAAGGGACAAAAAAGGCGACUGUAAUCUAUCUCCAAGGAAGAAUCAUCCUAACUUAAAGUUAUGUUUAAUUGAUGAUAAUAAUGAUAGAACCAACAUACAACCUGAAACAUCAAUAGCAGGGGAAUGUAAAAAUCUUGACAUCACAAAUCAAAACGAACUGGUACCUAAGACACUGGACUCCUUUGGAAAAGAUGCAAAUGUAAAUCAAACCAAAGAGCACCCAAUAACUAAUGCACGUUCAAAUAAAUAUCUAUAUAUGAAUUCAACAUGGUCAUUUCAUAAACUCAUAGCAUGGUUCAAAGAAAGAUUCCCAGUCGAGUUAAGUUUAUUGAGGAAUAGGGUAUUCCUGACUUUUGAAGUGUCCAACUUUCUGGGCAACUUUGGACAAGUGAGUGUGUUGGUAUUCAUACCAGCAUUUGCCGAUGAUCUUGGAAUCCCAAGGACUCAAACUGCAGUACUUGUGUCAAUCAUGGGUGGAGCUGAUCUUUUUUGCAGGAUUGUGUUUGGUUUCAUUGCUGACCAUCCCAAGAUCGAGAGAAUCUACCUUGUGGCUGCAGGAUAUUUCAUAUUAGGUGUAUGCCUCUUGUGUGCCCCAUUUAUACGUGGUUUUGUCCCAAUGGCAAUAUAUGUUGCUGUAAUAGGGGCUGGCUUCUCUCCCUGGCAAACUCUAAGGAAUGUUGUCAUGAUUGACCUUUAUGGGAUACAUAUUUACUCUUAUGCUCUUGGAAUGACAAUAUUGAACUCAGCCAUACCAUUGUUGGUGGCUGCUCCAUUAUUAGGUUGGUUACGUGACAUAACAGGGACAUUCUAUUGGCCAUAUAGAGUUUGCGGAAUCGCCUGGUUAUGUGUUACUUUCCUUCAUGUCUUUGCUAUUCCUAUUGCGCAAAAAUGGCAAAAAAGAAAAGAGAAUACAAAGCAACAUCGAACUGACAGUCUAGCUUAGAUUUACAUUUUACAGAUGUAACUGAGAAAAUAUCAAAUAAACUAUUUUAAUAACCAAAAAUAUGACUAUAACAGUGUAUUAUAGCAUAA